AUGCAAGAACACCAGCCACAAACACAUACCCACACCAAAGACAAGAACACCAGUCACGAAUACAUUGCCUCCCCAAAAGCAAGAACACCAACCACAAUGUCGACUCCUACCAAUUCAAACAACGCCGCGAACCGCGUCUUCGCAAUCCCAGAGCUCCUCGAAAACAUCCUCCUCAAUCUCGAUACAACCGAACAAGUCCCAAGCAAAAUCCUCCCACCGACUAGACAAGCAAUCCUCAAAUGCGGUAGCACAUCUCUCCAAGGCGUCAAACGCGUGAGUUGUACAUUCUACGACACGAUCCAAGACUCCCCCCAACUUCAACGCCGCCUGAAAGAGCCCAUCCCAGCAUUACCACUCAGCACCCGGAUUCCCCGCGACUCUUUGUUGAAUACUGAAUAUUCAAGAUUCACUGCUCUAAAUAUUCAUAUUCAAUUUAUAUUCAAAUACACUCUUAGCGAUAAAGGAGGGUGUUCUUCGCAUGACCUCGUAUUUAGAUUCAUAUUCAAUAUUGAAUAUGAAUGUGAAUUGAAUACGAUUCAUUAUUCAAUAUCUCUAUUCAUGGAUCACGGCGAACAUCUUGAAUCGGCUUGGCUUCGAGCCACGAAAUUUUCCACCGAUGAGACGACCUACGAACCGUGGAGGAACAUCGUCGUUCUAGGAAACAUGACUUCCACCAUGACCGUCGACUUCUUCAUCCAACUGGGAGUUUCACUGCAGUUAGUCAUCAUCCCUGGCGAGACGUUUGAUCAAUUAGUCAAGAAUUUUCGACGUGCGCUUGAGCAAGAGGGUCUAGCGCCUAAAGAGACUCACGAGGCGUUCCGUGCGAGAAUGGCCGGGACGGGGAGAGGGAGAUCAGGGCAGAGAGAUUCUUUCGAUCGAGUUGUGAGGAAGUAUCGACGGGCGCUGGAGAAGGAGGGGAUGUCGGAGAAGGAGACUCGUGAGGUUUUUCGGGCGAGAAUGGAUCGGACGGCUCGUGGGAGGGGAGGGAAUAUGGAGUCGCCGCUGUCUAUGCUCAUUGAUUGGGCUAGAGGGAGAAAAUUCUCCAGCCAUUCUCUCAUCUCCCAAGCCUUUCUAGGUCCUUCUCAUUCCCUUGAAGGAAAUACUCCAAGUCGGGGCCGUCCCGCACCUUGUAUUAUGAACCCCUUCGCAGGUUACCUGAAAAAAAUCCAAUCAUCGCCCACCCCGCAGCGCCGCAUCACUCAAACCCCCCCCCCCCCCCCCUCUCUCCCCCCUGUUGAAAAAAAUAUACGAAUCCCCCAUCUCCGGAACCUUCUCGCCGCUUUCAAAACUGAUCCUACUAAGACGAGUCGUAGCGGGAGUGUGGAUUUCCGGAAAUUCACGCUUGUGAUUGGACCAGGAAAGAGUGAGAGGGAGGAUUGUUGUGAAUGGGUUGAUUACUGCUGGGAGAAGGGUAGUGGAACGGCGACGGGUGGCCUAUGGCACGUUCUCGCUUUGAUGGAAAUGCUCGAUUGCUUGAUAGGCGCAUUAGCUGGGACAUCGUGUUCCAGGCCGCUGAACAAAGAGUCCGAUAACAUCGAAGGCUACGCAAAGUCUCGUACUGAAAUGCUGUCUCGAAUGAAUGCUUCCCAUAAUUUUGACUGUAUUUGUCUAUUACGAGCCAAUUCCUGGCCAAGUUCAAGUCAUUCAUUCAUUCACUUCUAUACCAUCACAGUACAUUCACCUUCAAGAUUGAAGCGACUUGAACUCUGCUAUAGUCUCAGAGUUGCCCUGAUGGAAACAAUCCACACUGCCGAGCUGUGUUUGGCGCGAACUGUUGACGACCAAAAAAACAGAUCCUACAACAGCCUGGACCUGCGCGACUGUAUCAAGAUGUUGUCAACCAACGCCGCCACCAAAGUCUUCAGCAUCCCCGAAUUGUUAGAACAAAUCAUCCUCGAACUACCACAAGCCGAAGGCAACGAGGGCGACAGGACGGUUCGAGGCCAAUCCAGCAUCGCCCGUCUCUUCGCCCUCAGACGGGUGUCGCGGGCAUUCCACGCUACAAUCACCGGCUCCUUGGCCAUCCAGCGUAGAAUGUGCGAGCCCAUUGUCAUCGACUGGGUCCAGACCGCGCCUUUGUGGUGGGAUUUCAUUGUCUGGCCCAAAGGCUGGGAUGCGCACAAUGCUUUCGAGCGAGCCGCCAAUCAGGGCAGUAGACUGGAAGAGUCGUGGCGAAGGAUCAAGUUCUUGAGCGAUGACGAUGUCAAGAGGAAGGUUGCGUUCAACCAUGGAAUCAACAUGUACGUCGAUCCUGGCGAGACGUAUGGUCAGGUCGUGGACAGGCUUCAUCGGAGGAGGGACAACCAGUUGAAAAGUCUUGAGAGGGCGAGGAAGGUUAAGAAGAACAAGAGUGCCAGGUGGGCGAAAUGGACGAAGUCGGGAAGGGGGAGGCUUGAGAAUGUCGCAGUAUUUCUGGUUUAUGACGCGGGACUUGGUAGAUUUAGGCUGAGCGUACUUCAAGCAGAUGAGAGCACGAGUUGCACGACAGCAAAUCACGGCCAUGUGAUCCGAGGAAACGCCAGGAGAGGCGGCUGA